AGAAAACACAGCGACCCUCGUUCCAUUUUAUUUUUAAAAAGCAGCUCUUAACACAUGCAAGGAGGGAGUAGAGAGGCGCUCGGUUUGUUCCCCUUCUCCGCCUUACAGUACUUUCGGCACAAGCUCGGGGUUUUAUAAUCCGAAUUAAUUAAUCCGGAGCAAGUACCGCCGCUUGGUUCCGUUUACACACUCGCAAACGUGACUGUCUUCACUCCACCCAUACUUCUCCGUUGAGAGUGAGAAAUAUCCGCUCUUGCAGCAACCCUGAUGAUACACCGGGAUGAGUAAAAGGGCGUUAAGGGCCAUCACAGACCCGGUCGGGGCAGGUGAUGCGGAGUGUGCGCCCUUAGUGGUUACUGGCAGAGUUACAGGGCUGAGUAAGUCACCCUUGCCCAGUCUUCACACAGCACCUGGAGGUAGGAAACAGACUCUGCACUGCAGGGUUAGCUUUGUGGAUGUACGAAGCCCCUAUGAGAGGCAGAUUCAGCCUCUUUUGCCACGUAGAACCCUUUAAUGUCUGGAGCUGCUAGUACGAUUGGAUGCAGUUGCGACGAAGAAGAGGUGCGGAAGAAGGGGAAAUCGGGAGGAGGUCGAAAAGGCGGCUAUUUCCAUAGGAAGGGGAACUGCACGCUGGCGCAAUCGAUCGCCGUCUCUGCAUGAGUCCCUGUUCUGAUAUAGUUCUGCAAACACGGCGUUUCCUGUUUCUGGCCGAUCCAAGCGGGCGGGGCUGGUCCCGAAGUGAGAAAGAAAAAAAAUAAUAAGAAAAGCUUGCUGACAAACCCCCCCCCCCAUUGCAUAGUUUACGCGGCGCUUUUGAGGCCGGCGUCAGCGGAGCUGGGAGGGAGGGAGUUUCUCAUUCGGGGUCUGCAGUAGCAGAGGCGAGAAACUUCUUUUCCCAGGGACCUGGGAUACAAAAAAGAGACGGCGGCACAAAGGCAGAUCCCGAUAUUAUUUCUUGCAAACGGGCGCGCACGCUCUCUGCUCUCCGCCGCCACCCAGCACCACACCGGAUGCGAAUCGGGAGUGGAUUUCGCCGCUGUCCCGCCAGUAUUUUCGAGAGGAGGGCCCAAGGGUGUGCGUGUGCGUGUUUAGAAAUCCGCUGCGUGGAUGCCCUUCGCUUUCCCUCCCCCUGCCGGCCUGCUGCUGCUGCUGCUGCUUUUGCAAAGAGGCGGUGCUGCUGCGAGCAGCAGCUGCUGCGUUUCCUGGGGAGAUCGGCUACCUUUGUUUUUCUCUUGCACCGAAUUACACCCCCACGAGGAACACCCCGCACACGCUCGUGGGCCGGGCGUGGAGGAAGCAGUUGGGGGGGGGCAAGCGAGGGGCAGCUGCCGCUUCUCUCUCCCUUUUUCUCCUCCCCUCCUCCCUCCCCUUCGCUUCCCUUCCACCCCCCCCCCGGUGUACUUUGCUCGGCUGCUCCUCCUCCUCUUAAGGAAGUUUCCUCCCCCUCUUCUUCUCUUCUCUUCUUCUUCUACGAGCGCCGCCGCCGCACUUCCCCAUAUUUCGCAGCCUUGCCUAACCGCCCGCCCCAACUACUCCCGGGGUGGGGGGCUAGAGAGAGAGAGGAAGGGCUUUGGCCGGCGGACCCCCCCCCUUUCCUCCAGCGCGGUGGGGCUGAGCCGGGCACCGGCGCCCCCCGGCCCCUGAGCGAGGCCGAAUGCCGGUGGCAGCGGCGGCGGCCAACUCGCACCCCCGCGCGGUGCAGCAGCCCGACGUCCGCCCCUUCGCCGCCUCCGUCCGCCUCCGGGACCGGGACCCCGCCAAGCAGCACCAAGGCGCCGAGGAGCGCCCCGAGCCCCACCACCGCCACGGCCAGGCCGCCGGGGAGGCGGCGGCGGCGGCGGCGAGGGCAGCCGGCGGCAGAACGGCGGCUCCUUCCGGCGCCGCUUCGCCGCCCGCCCUGCUGGCUUUCUCGCCGUCUUCUCCGCCGGGCCCGCCGCCGCCGCCCGAGCCCCCACGGACUCGCUCGCGCUCCCGCUCCGGAUUCUUCAGCCUCCUCGCCAUGA